AUGGCAAGGAGCGCUGCGCUCAAUCCUGCCUCGAUGCCCUUCUUCCCAGGCAACGUCCGCACCAGUGACGACGAAGGCGACUUAACUUUUCGACGACAUCCCUUUCGUUCCAGCGAACCAAAUCGUAGCUCAUUUUCGUCAAUGUCUUCCGUAUCCGUUUCGCCUACAGAAUUCCGUACCGCUAGGUCUUCUCCCAGCCCGCCACAAGACGACCUAGCUAACAUGCAGAGCACUUUUAAGUCUCCUUUCGAUUUGCCGCGACGGUCGCCUUCCUUCCGCCAGGUGGAAGCGGGAAGACCGUAUCCUGUCAUAGAGAACCGAGUCUCUCGGGAGGCUAGCCUAAUGGGCAGUCUGGAGUCAUUGCCAGAGGGGGAGGACAAUGUUACUACCCCUGGACCUCUCAGCCAGGACAGCAGUGCAGCCGUUGGAUCACCCUUUUUUCCAGUGCAACAGCAGCCUCGAGAACGUUUUUCGACGCCCCCCGUCGUUCCUGGCCUUAACGGAUCAUCUCACCCCAUCAUCAGCGGUCCUACCUCCUCGUCCCCCGUGUCGUCUCUCGAUUCCGGCAGCCACCUCAACUCUGGUUCAGAUGGACAUUCCUUUGAAGCGCAGCUCAAGGCUUCUCCCUUACUUCACGAUAUACUGGAUCGCCUCGUCCGAUGUGAAUAUUCCACUCGGGAAAUUCACAGGGAUCUUGGUGAAUUGCACCGCAAAGUCAACAUACUCGUGGAUCGCUCCACUGCCACUGCUAGCAAUAUACAGCCGGAAUUCAAGGACCCCUUUGCAAGCAAUGGUCGUAGGCCAAGUUAUGCAAACCCCAUGAAUGCACCCCGCGCUUCCUUGGGCAAUAUUGCCCCUAACCAGGUCCCUCCUUCUGAGGACAUUACUUCGAUUUCUCAACGUCUAAAUACUCUCACUUCGUCCGUUGGUCAGCUUAUUGCACUCCAGACACAACAUGUCCCGCCGCCGCCAGUAUCUGGCUUGCCCAAUGGCGGUCUCAUUGGUCCUCCCAAAGCUCAUACGUCAAACCUAGAUUUCCUGUCUUCCCAGCAGCCUAAUGUUAGCGCACUGGGCCACGGAUUGCCCAACCGUCCGGAUAUGCGACCUUCGCCUCGUCUUCCAAAUCCCCCCAUGCGUACUUGGUCUACCGGAACCCUUGAUCUACCCGUGCGUCCUCCCGAAACGACAAUCGGGCGUCAGGAAGUAUUUUCUCGUGACAAACGACGCUCCGUUUCAAGUCUUAUGCGCCGUGAUUCAGCUGGGAUGUUGGAUCCAAAUGAUUCGAACUCUCCACGCGAUUCUGGCCCAAUGAUUACCAAGUGGGAACAACUUUCGCUGGCACCUGAGCUCCAGGUUUCAUUGAACUCUUUUGGUGUGGGUCCUCCAAACAAAAUACAGCAACGGGCGUUACCAUUCCUCUUGAGGGGAUCAGAUAUCAUUGCUCAAGCGCCGCCAACCCAAGAACGGAUCGCGGCAUAUGUCAUUCCGGCUAUCCAGACGGCACUGACCCACUCCGAUAGUCUGAAACCGGUGGUCCUUAUGAUAUCUACCACUGUAGAUCAAGCCACGCAAGCUCACCGCAUGAUUCGUGACCUGGGAUCUGGUAUAGGCGUCAGAUCCGUGUUGGCUGUAGGUGCCGUCAAAGACUUCCAUGCCGAGCUGCAGCUAGUCCUUUCCAACAAACCUCAAGUGGUUUGCGGCACACCCCAGAAAUUACACGCUCUGUUUACGACGCCGGGUGGUCUCGAUGGUUCAGAUGUCCGUUUCCUUGUGCUCGACGAGGUAGACCAGCUCAUCGCGCGCAAUAUGCACGAAUUCGUAUUCAAUAUUGUGAAAUUGCUACCUCCUGCUCGUUCACGCCCGCCAGGUUCGGUGACGCCCACUCCUUCGGGUAGCUCAUCGAAUAAUUCGCCUGUCCCGGGUCCCCCAGCCAGGAAGAUGUCUACUUUAGGCGGCACACCGGUCUCAGACGCCGAGGGACGUUCUAGCCCUCAAGUUGGAGAGGGUCAACAAUCUGCCGAACGCCAGACGGCGCUGUUCUCUAACACCGUCCCUCAGGACGUUUUGAACUUGGCAACAGCCAUUCAACUGAAGGAGCCUGUCAGAGUCCUUGUACGCCGGGAUGGUACGGUGACCAACAUCGAGACAUCACCAAAUUUCCGUGGUCUUCGACAGUUCUAUUUGUAUCUGGCGUUCACUGCUGGUGGGCGCUCUGAUCCUUCUCAUGUUGAAGGCGGCCUAGGAAUAAUCGGAUCAGGAAGAAGCACUUCUAGUGCCGAGAGCGUGCAAGCUCGCGAAUGGAAGCUCGAUGCGCUCGCUGAUAUACUCGAUGAUGUCGAUGUUGCGCAGGCCAUCGUUCAUGUUGGCGGUGUCACCGCGUUAGAUGCGGUUGUGUAUAAAUUGGCUAGUCGUGGUUUGGAGGCUAUUCCUCUGCAUGGCGAUAUGAAUUCUACGACCAAAUUGGCUGCUCUGAGCAAGUUUAAGAGCUCGCCCUCUGUUGUCAUGAGACAACCUGUAACAAAAAUUCUUGUUAUUUACGAUGUUCACGUUCAAGAAAUAUCUCAAAUUCCAUUGAUUAUAAAUUAUGAUUUACCGAAAGCCGUCGAGGAGUACACUCAUCGCAUUGCCCCUGCCGUCGCACCUAAUAAUUACUCCCGUGGAGGGGUCAUAAUCAACUUCGUAACUGCUACAGGUGGUGACGUCGAGAUGCUCCGAUCCAUCGAGUGUUUCCACAAGUAA